CGCUGCCUCCUGGCGGGUGCGGCUAUGGAGGAGGCGGCCUGAAGGUUGGAACCGAGCGGGGACUGGAGGGCGCGGUCUGACCUACCAGAAAGAUGGCAACCAGCGCUGUCCCCAGUGACAACCUCCCCACGUACAAGCUGGUGGUGGUGGGCGAUGGAGGUGUGGGCAAGAGCGCCCUCACCAUCCAGUUUUUCCAGAAGAUCUUUGUGCCUGACUACGACCCCACCAUCGAAGACUCCUACCUGAAGCAUACAGAGAUUGACAAUCAAUGGGCCAUCUUGGACGUUCUGGACACGGCCGGCCAGGAGGAGUUCAGCGCCAUGAGAGAGCAGUACAUGCGGACGGGCGACGGCUUCCUCAUCGUCUACUCAGUCACUGACAAGGCCAGCUUCGAGCAUGUGGACCGCUUUCACCAGCUCAUCCUUCGUGUCAAGGACAGGGAGUCAUUCCCAAUGAUCCUUGUGGCCAACAAAGUUGAUUUGAUGCACUUGAGGAAGAUCACCAGGGAGCAAGGAAAAGAAAUGGCGACCAAACACAAUAUUCCGUACAUAGAAACCAGUGCCAAGGACCCACCUCUCAAUGUGGACAAAGCCUUCCAUGACCUCGUCAGAGUAAUUAGACAACAGAUUCCUGAAAAGAGCCAGAAGAAGAAGAAGAAAACCAAGUGGCGGGGAGACCGAGCCACUGGCACCCACAAACUACAGUGCGUGAUACUGUGAUGAGUCUGAGGCCUAGGACACGGUGACCAUGAACUGGCCAGCCCUCGAGACCCCUCCACUGCCUAACUGCACUGAAACCCAUUUCUAACCACGACCCUUGGCCCGGGGACUUGGCACAGGAAGGGAGAAAGGGAGGGUGGCAGGGAGGAGAUAGGGUCUGGCUUUGCCAAAAGGACAUGGGCUCUCCAGUCUUUCAUAAGAGACAAGGAAGCGACACAUAAACAGAAGCAGCAUCCAAGCCCCUCACGUGUGGAUUCAACCCAAUUCCUCCCUCUCUCUUAGUGGGUGUGUUGUUCUUUUUAACUACAUAGUGUUAGUUUUCAUGUGGAGGUAUUUAUCCACGUAUAAAUACAAAACAAGCCAGGAACAAAUUUCUACCCCAUGCUCCCAGCCAACAGUGUUUUUAAGCUUGGAUGUCUUCUAGAUUUAAAAAAUUAUUUUAGUAAUUCUUAUUUUAUUAAAGGGGUCUGUGUCUGCUGACUGGUGAGUUU